AUGAGUCGGCUAUUGACGAUUCGGCAAGCCGAGGAGCUGCACAAAUCGAUUAUAGCAUACCUUUCAGCAAACAAUCUCACUAAUGCUGCCGCUGCGCUCAGGGCAGAACUGGGCCUCUCCGAGGAAGUCUUCGAUACGGGCACCAUGGUCAAAUAUGAGACACUAUUAGAAAAGAAAUGGACGAGUAUCGUUCGCUUGCAGAAAAAGAUAAUGGAUCUGGAGGCUCGCACUGUUGCAUUGCAGACCGAAUUGAAUAAUGCUACACCCACAUCACUCUCGAAGCGCAAUCAAGACCCGGCAUCGUGGCUGCCGAAAGUCCCUGCUCGUUAUUCGCUAGAAUCGCAUCGAAGCACCGUCAAUUGCGUCGCAUUUCACCCUAAAUUCUCUUCCAUUGCCUCCGGCUCAGACGACUCCAUGAUCAAGAUAUGGGACUGGGAAUUAGGAGAAUUGGAAGCAACCCUUAAGGGUCAUACAAGAUCAGUACUGGGUGUAGACUAUGGCACUGCUCAAAGCGGCGUUUUAUUAGCAUCUUGCAGCUCUGACCUUUCUAUCAAGAUAUGGAAUCCGUCAGAUGAUUAUAAGAAUAUACGGACGCUGCUAGGCCACGAACACAGCGUCAGCGCAGUUCGGUUUAUUCCUGGCCGAAACCUACUCGUGAGCGCAAGCAGAGAUAAAGACUUACGAAUAUGGGACGUCACGACUGGCUUUUGCGUCAAGACAAUACAAGGACACAGCGGCUGGGUACGAGACGUUUGCCCAUCUUUUGAUGGGAACUAUCUCCUUUCUGCUGGUGACGAUAUUACCGCUCGGUUGUGGGAUAUUACAAAUAUAUCAAAUCCAGAAGCCAAGUUGACGAUGGUUGGACAUGACCAUGUCAUUGAGUGCUGUGCAGUCGCUCCCCAGACGUCAUAUCAGUACCUUGCGCCAAUGGCUGGAGUGAAGAAAGAAGCUGUUUCCAAACUGGGUGCAGUCGAAUUUAUAGCAACUGGAUCGCGAGAUAAAACAAUCAAAGUCUGGGAUCGUCGCGGUUCCUGCCUCAUGACUUUGGUAGGCCAUGACAAUUGGAUUCGAGCGAUUGUCUUCCACCCCGGCGGAAAAUAUCUCCUGUCAUCUUCAGACGACAGGUCCAUCCGGUGCUGGGAUUUGAGCCAAGACGGGAAAUGCGUAAAAACACUAUCAGAGGCUCAUGGACACUUUAUCUCUUCUUUGAGAUGGGCUCCAAACGUUGUUAAAGAGGUUGCUAAUAACGCCGAUUCCGGUAAUGGGAAAACGGACAGCAAUGGAUUGUUGAAAGGGAAGGACAAUCCACCGAAUGUACAAAUUCGUUGCGUUGUUGCAUCGGCGGGCGUGGAUUGCAAGCUGAACAUCUACGCUAAUUAA